AUGGAAGAAGAAAGUGUCACAUUGUUGCUACAGCAGCUCCAGGAGCUCCGUACGGAGAUGCGGACUCAGAAACAACAGCUCCAAGAAGAGAAUAACAGCUUACGGGCGGAACUACAGGCCGUACGGAACUCGCAGCUGAGAAACCAUCCACCAGUUACUACUACAGUUACAUCUGCAACGCCCACCCCCUACGAACGAAGCUAUCCCCGUCCUCGUCACCCGGAUGUCGAACCCUUUACUGGAGAAGACCCUAAGGACUACCCUCCUUUCCAGAUGAACCUUCGUACGAAGUUUGCAAUCGACGCCGCCUGCUACCCUACAGAGGAGGAACAAGUUUACUAUGCCUACAGCCGCCUGAGAGGAAAAGCCAGCCAGCGUGUGCUACCAUGGCUCUUGGCUCGCCAGAAAUCUGAGACUCCUGUGCUAUGGGCAGAAUUCUCCGCGGUACUAGACAAGGCCUUCGGUGACCCUGACCGACAGAGAAAGGCUCUUGUACGAGUGAAUACAAUAAAGCAAGGGAGACGUGACUUUGAAGAGUUCUUGAAUGAAUUUGACGAAGAACUUCUUAAUGCUGGAGGGAUUAAUUGGGAUGAUAACCAGAAGAAGGCCUUGUUGGACACGGCAAUUAAUGUUGAGUUGCUAAAAGCCAUGGUUGGUAUUAGGCAGGAGGAUUCGUACGACAACUACUGCAAUCAACUGCGCGAAAUCAACCACAACCUCCAGAGAGUGGCCAGGCUUACACGAAAAGGAUCUCACGCCGCUGUCCCCAUGCAUGUCGCUCGUACAAGACCAGCAGGAGGCUCUGACCGGACCGGAACCCCUGAUCAAAUGGACUGGGAAGCCACCCAUGCUCAAAUUGCAGCCCUACAAAAGGAAGUUGCGGCCCUCCGUAUGAAAGGGACCAGGACCCCAAGAAAAGCUAGUCAGGCGCCUGCAGAGGAGAAGCAAAAGAGGUUGUCCGAGGGCAAAUGCCUACGCUGCGGCGAUCCUGACCACUUCGUUCAGCUAGACAUCGGGGCGCAUACAGAAAAAGGAGCCUACUUCUAUGUGAUACCCGAUAACCUGGGCUAUGACCUGAUCUUGGGACUCCCCUGGCUGGAGCAACAUGAUGGAAGGUUAGAGGCUAAGAGGGGCAGGCUGUACCUCCGUACUACUGGAGUCCGUCUAUGGAGUACUACAAAGAGGCCCUUACCGAAGCUGGACAUAGCACAGAUAUCAGCUGCAACCAUGGGAGGAUUUAUACAAAGGAAAAGGUGCCAUGGCCAAGAUAUCGAGAUAUUUGCGGUCUCAUUGGCAGAUAUACAGAAGGCACUGGCCCCAAAGAGACAUAUUGACCCCCGUACGAAGCUACCAAGGCAAUACUGGAAAUACCUAAGGCUCUUCGAACAAGACAAAGCUGAAGAACUACCACCGCACCGGGGAGAUGGGAUUGAUCACAAAAUCGAGCUCGUACGGGAGGAGAGUGGGAAGGAUCCUGAAGUCCCCUGGGGCCCCCUUUACAACAUGACCCAGGAAGAACUAAUAGUCCUCCGGAAAACACUCUCUGAACUACUACAGAAAGGCUUUAUCCGCGUGAGCCAUUCCCCAGCUGCAGCCCCAGUACUCUUUGUACGAAAACCAGGAGGAGGACUGCGGUUCUGCGUCGACUACCGUGCUCUAAAUGCCAUUACCAAGAAGGACCGCUAUCCAUUGCCCCUGAUCCAUGAGACACUGAACCAAAUUGGACAAGCCAGAUGGUUUACUAAGCUGGAUGUGUCUGCUGCCUUCCACAAGAUCCGCAUAGCCAAAGGCCAGGAAAUGGAUGACUGCCUUCCUACCUUCCAAAAAUACAUCAACUGGACCCUCCGGGAAUAUCUAGAUGAAUUCUGCUCAGCCUAUAUUGACGAUGUGCUUGUCUAUACCAAUGGGGACCUCCGCCAGCACCGGAAGCACGUACGAAUGGUCUUGAAGAAACUGGAAGAAGCAGGCCUAUAUUUGGAUAUUAAGAAGUGCGAAUUUGAGUGCAAGGAGACAAAGUACUUGGGCUUUAUAAUACAGGCAGGGAAGGGAAUCAAAAUGGACCCGGAGAAGGUGAAAGCAAUAAAGGAAUGGGAAACCCCUACUACUAUAAAGGGCGUCCGAGGAUUCCUGGGCUUUGCCAACUUCUACCGAAGGUUCAUCCCUAACUUCUCAGGGAUCGUACGCCCACUAAACAACUUGACAAAGAAAGGAACACCCUUCUUGUGGACUAAGGAGUGCCAGGAUAGCUUUGAUCUGCUUAAGGAAAAGUUCAUUACUGGACCUGUCCUAGCAACCUUCAACCCUUCCUACCGUACGGUAGUAGAGACCGACUCCUCAGGUUAUAAUACAGGAGGAGUUCUCUCUCAAUAUAAUGAAAAAGGGGAAUUGCACCCAUGUGCCUACUUCUCUAAAAGGAAUUCCCCAGCUGAAUGCAACUACGAGAUCUAUGACAAGGAGCUACUUGCAAUUGUACGAUGUCUUGAAGCCUGGGAUGCUGAACUGCGCUCAUGUGGAGAAUUCCAAGUUAUUACCGACCACAAGAACCUGGAGUACUUCUUCUCCCCAAGGAAACUGACAGAGCGGCACUUGAAAGUGGGAACCUCGGAAUGCCAAUUAGACGCCCAAGGCUAUAUCCUCUUCCGCGGAAGGAGGUGGGUACCUGGGAGUGAACAGCUCCGUACAAAUAUAAUUCAAGCUGCGCACGACUCUAUGUUGACAGGACAUCCUGGCCGGGAGCAAACAUAUAUGCUGGUUAGCCGUGAGUAUUUCUGGCCUAACAUGUCCCAAGACAUCAGGAGAUUCGUCCGAAACUGUGAUGUAUGUGGAAGGACGAAAUCUUGGAGGGACCAGAGAAAGGGACUAUUAAAGCCCCUCCCUGUGCCUGAUCGUCCCUGGCAGGAGGUUUCAAUGGAUUUCAUCACAGACCUACCAGAGAGUGAAGGUUGUACAAACAUCAUGGUUAUCACAGACCGGUUAACCAAAGGUGUGAUACUAGAAGGAAUGUCAGAGAUUGACUCUGAGAGCGUGGCCUGGGCCCUCGUACGAGUACUUAUAAGCAAACAUGGGAUCCCGAAGGCUAUCACCUCGGACAGAGGAAGCCAGUUUACAAGUAAUACAUGGGCUCGCAUAUGUACCCUGACAGGGAUUAACCGCCGACUAUCUACAGCCCAUCACCCCCAGACUGAUGGAUCAACAGAGAGGAUGAACAGUACAGUGGAGACCUACCUCCGCAUCUAUACCUGCUAUGACCAGAGGGACUGGAACAGGUUACUCCCACUUGCAGAGCUAGCAAUUAAUGGCCGUACAUCAACAGCAACAGGGAAAGGGGAAGCUAUUGUACGGAAAGUUAAGGAAGCCCUAGACUGGGCUCAAGCCUCCAUGGCCUAUUCCCAACAGAAUGCAGAGAAUCAGGCUAAUAAACACAGGAGCCCGGCCACAAACUACCAAGUGGGAGAUAAGGUCUGGCUAAGUCUGAAGAACAUCUGUACGGACCGACCCAGCAAGAAACUGGACUGGAAGAACGCCAAGUAUGAGGUUAUAGGCCUGGUGGGCAGCCAUGCUGUACGGCUGAAUACACCCCCAGGGAUCCAUCCAGUCUUCCAUGUGGACCUGCUUCGGCUGGCUUCAUCAGAUCCACUUCCUUCCCAGAAGAAUGAUGAUACCCAGCCCCCUGGCAUCAUUGUGAACGGCGAGAAAGAAUACAUGGUAGAGAAAAUCCUGGACGAACGUCCCAGGAGAUACGGGAGAGGUCACCGGCUGGAAUACCUAGUGAAAUGGUCAGGCUAUGCUCGGCCAACCUGGGAAGCUGCCACAGCUUUGGAGGAAGCACAAGCUCUGGAUGAGUGGCUGGAUCGUACAAAACAGUAUAGACUUCAGGACGGCUCACUAAACAGAGAUGCAUACAUAAAGGCUAAAGCGACAUGA